AUGACAUUGGUGUUGAGCCUGCGUCUGGAAGUGACCGUGAAAAGAGCAGGGUCAUUGUCCUCGUUGAGCGGGACUUCAAUAGACACGCCCUCUCUCGUCGGGGUCGCAGCUGUCUGCGCCGAAGUAACAGGGGAAGGUGUUGUCAAAGCAGUUUGUGGAUCAGGUGUUUGGGAGGCACCCGAAUGCAAAAGGACUCAACAGGGAGCAGAGUAUUUGGGAACACAAAAUAAGGCCAUUUCUGGCUCCCCGUGUCUCGCGUGGCUUCGUCAGGAGAGCGUGUCCCCAGAAGAUACGUUUGCAAUAGUAGGACAGGGAUUCCCCGAUACCAUCACGGAUAAGCACAACUACUGCCGGAAUCCAAUUGCAAAACCGGGCGGUUCUUGGUGCAAUGUUCAAGGUCCCACAGGAUCUAAGGAGAAUUGGGAGUAUUGCGAUGUGCGUUUUUGUGCCGUAGAAGAUGCGAGGAAGACUUGCGAGACGGAGGAUCGAUGCGCGUCGAUGAGUGGCCAUGAUCAUGAAGACCAUGCUCUUGACUCUUUCAUGGAUGUAGAGCACUUGGAACCAUCUAGUCAGGAUCAUGAAAGGGCUAUUGGUGGUUUCAUCAAUUCCCAGUCUCCUAGUGAUCAUGAAUCAUCCAUUGUAGGUACAGUCAUUGAAGAAGAAAGUGAUGAAUUCAGAGUGGCAUCAUUAGCAUUACAUCUUAGAGAGGUGAAGAAAAUUCCAUCAUCUACUGUUGCAUUUAUGAUGGGAGAGGUAAAGUCCAUUGUGGAAACUUCUUCAGCAAAUCUGAAAGAUGCAUUUACAUGUGCAUCUUCUGUUUUCCGGCUUGAUAAGUACGUGAAACAGAAUUUCAUGUUUGUGCCUCCAGAGGAAAUGCUGUAUGACCAUGGUUUCUCAGAAACCUAUCAGUAUGUUUCUGUAUUGAAAACUCUUAGUACUAUGCUUCAGUGUAGAGGUGUACUUGAGGAAGUGCUUUGUGGGCACCAGAGUAUGGAUGAAUUCAUGCAGGACUUUCUUGAUGGCAAUGGUUUCAAGGGGAAUAAUUUCUUUGAUGGGGAGCCUUCAAAGCUACAGGUAGUGCUGUAUUUGGAUGAUGUCACUGUUGGGAAUCCACUUCGUUCUCGGCAAAACCAUGGAUAUCCAAAAGUGGGGUUUGGAGCGGCUUUGUUUCCAUUGCUUCAGAAAGUGAAGACUUUGGAGUCUGUUGGCAUGCAUGCAUCCAUUCAAGGGCAUAUUCAUCACUUUUAUGGUACUAUCAUCAUGGUUGUAGCUGACAAUCUUGCUAGUCACUCUUUGGGAGGGCUUUUUGAGUCAUUCACAUCCAAUCGUCCUUGCCGCUUUUGCCUGAUUCAUCGGAAGGACAUGCAAGAUGGGAAGGUGGGUGCCAAACGAACCUCACAGAGCCACACAGAGCAUGUGAAGCUCGUUCAUGAUGUGCCUGAGCUCUCCUCAGUGUAUGGAGUUAAGUCAUUUUGUUUACUUGAUGAAUUGACUCAUUUCUCAUAUGUAGGUUCUUCACCUUCAGAUAUAACCCAUGAUCUUCUUGAGGGAGUAGCUGUUGACCUAUUGGCUAUGGUAGUGAAUGCCAGCAUUGAGGCAGGUUUCAUCUCAAUGGAAUCCUUAGAGUAUGUCGUGGAAAACUUUCCAUACUUGCUAUCACACAAAGUUGACAAGCCCACUGGUUUGAGAUUCACUCAUCCAUUCAAACCAUCUCUUACUGCUGCCCAGAUGGCAUGUUUUGUCCAUCUGCUCCCCUUGAUGAUUGGAGCUCUCAUUCCCAUUGACUUUGAACCAUGGAAGGUGUUCAUACUUUUCUUAGACAUCCUGGAUAGAGUGUAUUCUCCUAGAGUGUAUUCUCCUAGAGUGUCUCGCAGAGAUGCUUUGGUUCUGAAAGACCUGAUUGAGGAAUUCUGGGAGGCUGUUCUGGAAGUCUUUCCAGGCUACAAGUUGAAGCCUAAAGAAGCCUCUGUGAGAGAUGCCUUUGGCAUUCCUUUGAAUAGGGGGAUUUUGCUUCAGGCUUACAAUGGAGAAUUUGAGGACUUUGUUGAUAUUUGUUAUGAUCAUUUGAAUGAUUGCCAAGCAAAACGACUCAAAGUCAUCAUUCAAGGAAGUGUACAAAACCUUGGCAAUCCAUCUAACAUCAUCCCUCAAGCCUCUUGUGUUCUUCGUGACAUUCACAGUGGACAUAAUGGACUCCUAAAUGAGUCCCUGGACCAUGUUCCAUUAGGAUGCUUGCCUAAUGGUGAUCAAGUGAAUGAAUUGGAAUCUAUUGGACUACAUGGAGCAAAAGAGGUGCAAUUGCAGAGAAGUGAUAUGUGUAUUGGAGUUUCCAUGAAUUCAUCCCAAGGAUCAGAUAUAGCCUUUUCUGAAGUAGGGAUGCAGGUGAAUGGUGUCAUUUCAGUCCAGGAAGAAGACUUGAGGAAGAAACAGAAAGGCAUCAUCCUUGAUGCACUGAUGCAAAGGGUGAUGCAGUAUACAAUGACCCCAUUGCCAGAUCAAUACAGGGAUGUGUGUAUUUCCCUUGUUGAAGAGUACCCCCAAUGGAUUCCAAAGGGGUUGUCCUCCAUAGAUGCCAAGAAUGUUUGGACUGAGAGAUUAUCGAUCAGGUUCCGAAAUGCACGUCAGCGGGAUAGUGAUCACACCCCAUUCAAGCGGCCAAAAUUGCACACGCAGCAGGAUUCAGCGGUCGCAAAGGGCCGGCCAGCAUGGGGGGUUCUGAACUAUUUACCCACAGAGGAGACUCCUGGCGAAGAUGACUCAACAAUCAUAUGCCACAUCAACUGGAUGAAAAGGGAAAACCUAAAGAAGAGGCAAGAUGGACUUGGAAUUAAAGUUAGAAUGGAUCGAACAUUCACAGAUCGGAGGAAGAAGAUAGUAAAUGAGAAGUUGUCCAUUCAUUCUCUCAUGGAGACUUACCCUUGUCUCUUUUCAGCAGAGGAAUUCAGAAAUGAGGCACAGCGCCUGUUUGGGGCAGACAUGCACUUCAGAUCAAGUUGUGAACUUCCAAACUUGCUGCUGAAAGUCAAAAAGGCAGUCAAGCCACUAAAGGAUGUGCUCAACUGUGAUGUCCCUAGCUCAGAGCUUUAUGGAUUACUGUGUUCUCACUUCAAAGAGCCUCCAUGCCUCAUCAGUUAUUCACCAUCUAUGUCCCUAGCUCAGAACUUUAUGGACUUCUGUGCUCUCACUUCAAAGAGCCUCCAUGCCUCAUCAGUUAUUCACCAUCUGGUAGUACCUCCUAAACUUCUCAUAUUGAGCCUUCAAAAGCCCCUGGAAUGCCGAUUGACUACGGAGGGCCUGGAGAAUGCGGGAUUCAAGAACACUGAUGCGGACGGUCGGAAGUGUCAGCCCUGGUUGGGUCGGGCAAAUGACAAGCGAUUUUCAGUCAUGAACAUCAUGACAAUCUCCGAUGAAGGCAUAGACAGUAGUCACAACUAUUGUCGUAACCCUGACGCAGACAGCAACGGUCCCUGGUGCUUCAUAGAAGAGGGAAAUGACGAAAGAUGGGGACAUUGCAUGGUCCCUUUCUGCUAUCAAUUGUAUGAACGCAUCGCCGUCGAAGGUAAACCAGCAGAAGGAUACCCAGAAUGCUUGCAGACCGCAAUGGGGAAAGAAUACAUAGGAACGACGAGGAUAACGAAGACUGGAAAGCCCUGUCUCCGAUGGGAUUCCAAGCCUUAUGGGAUUCCUGAGGACUUCGUCUUGGAUGAAUAUCAUGAGGAACAUUAUGAGGCUCAUUUCCGAUUUGGCAAUUCUACGUUACAUCAGGAUUUCUGCAGGAACCCGACGUCCAGGCAGCAACACUGGUGCUUCGUCCAAGAUCCAGGCAUCGAAUGGGAAUUCUGCCAAAUUCCCUUUUGCCCUAACUACCCCAACAAGAUGGAAUGCAAAUGGACGAAUGAGGGAGAGGAGUACGCAGGGACUCGAAAUAGGACAGUGUCGGGACUUCCGUGUAUGUUAUGGGGUGUGUCCGAGUCGGCGAUGUUAUUUCUCAGAUUCCCCGAGGAAAUGAGAAGCGAGAAACACAACUACUGUCGCAAUCCGUCAAUGAUCGACCGGGAGCCCUUUUGCUACACUUCCUUGUUGAACAUGGAAACCUGUGGCAUCCCUUUCUGCCCUUUCCACUACCUCAACUAA